AUGGCGACAGCCGCGAGGUCAUUGAGCCGGACAGCGCUUUCUGUGCUUCGGCAAACCACAUCGAAGCAAAAAGUACGGUGUCCAUGUCCAAUUGCACGCAUCCCCCGCCGCCCGUUCUCCGCGACACCCUUUUUCUCCCACGAUAAGCACAAUGGCGCUCUCGACACACUUCCAACAUCCGCCGGUCUAGCUGACGAUGACGAUGAAGCCUCCUUAGAAGAAUGGAAGAUUAGUAUGGGCUUGGAAGAAGCUGCUGCGACGUUGGAUCUGCAGGCAUUGAGAGACCUUAAGGCUGGUCUCGACGCCCUGGAUAAUGAGGACGAUGACGAUGACCUUGAUGAUCUUGAUGAUCUUGAUGACGAUGAUGAGGAGGAUAAGCCUUUUGAGGAGCCGCCAGAAAAAACUGGCUUUUGGGCAGAAGAUGAAAACGACAGUUUUGCUCAGUAUGAGGAUGAUGACGACUGGAAAGAUGAUGAUAUCACUUCAAUGGCUCACGCUGAGCUCCAGGAGCACCGCGACAUAAGAAAAUACGCCCGUAUAGCUGCAUGGGAUAUGCCCUCAUUAGCUGCUCUCGCAAAGCCCUUUUCUCUUCCUCCCCAAACCCACCUCCUCCGUUUCCGUUACACUACCUAUCUGGGUGAAAGCCAUCCCGCCGAAUCCAAGGUUGUGGUUGAACUCAGCUCGAAAGAUCUCUCCCCUACUUACCUCACCGAAGACCAACGCAUCACCUUCCUUAAACUCGUCGGCACCCGUUACAACCCAGGGACUGACGUUGUCCGCAUGUCCUGUGAGAAGUUCGCCACAAGCGCACAGAACAAACGGUAUCUCGGCGAUCUGGUCCAGAAGCUGAUCACAGAAGCCAAAGAAGGAGACUCGUUUGCGGAUGUCCCUCUUGAUUUGCGCCAUUAUAAACCGAAGCAAAAGGUGGCGUACCCUAAGUCUUGGGAUAUGACGGAAGAUAGGCGAAAACAGCUGGAAGUAGCACGGGAGAAAGAAAGGCUAGAACAAGGCAAUUCGAAUUGCGUAGACGGGAACGCCACUGUUUGGAUGGCGUCUAAUCAUCUGCCUGAACUACGCGGGGGCACAGCUCGGAAUCCUACCCCCCCUUAUCAAUGGAAGGAAAGAGUUAAAGUGAAGGUACCAAGGCGCCGUAUACUGCAGAGAGGGACCCGCUUUAGCAGAUAG